ACGAGCCUCUGAUAGACGUAAAGUGUCAGCCCGACGACGAAGCAGUACAGGAAUUCCAAGAUGGUCAGCAGCGAGCCGCCCAAGAACAAUCCGAAAAUUCCACCCAACUGCACUGUAUAAUAUAUGACGAACAAUAACGAGAAUCGAUUGGUGUUGCCGUGGCUUUCAUUUGGAGCUUUAUUUGUUCAGCAAACGAUGAGUAUUCACAUCGUGCGUUCCACACUUCAAUUAAAUCAUCUGGAUUUCCCAAAGGAAGAAUUCACGAACAUAUGACCAGAGAUGAAAUCCUCUCCGUGUUUAGUACUCAACCGGAAUCAGUUCCAGAAUACGAGAUUGUGCCAAUCUUUCACAAAGAAAAUGGUGGCUAUCACGCACGAAAAGUUCGCUCAUACUCAACGCAAAUACAAUUGCGAGCUUUCAAUCAAAAUAUUACUUUGUAUUUGGAACCUACAGAUCACGUAUUGUUAGGCGAAAACACUCCUGUCUAUACGACUCAUAAAGACGAUUCUCGACCAUUGGGAAUCAAAUACACGCUUCUACAAGAUGCUUGGCAUGAUGAUAUUCGUACGUAUCAAGAUCCGAUGAAUCAGGCUGCUGUUACAUUACACCGCGAACCUAAUGGUAACUUUAAUGUGGACGGAACAAUUGGUGAUAAUAUGGUAAUCAAAUCUCUGCCAUCACGCAUUCAAAAAGUUUUUCCGAGUCACUUCCCAGAAUCGAUGUCAGGAUUUAAAAAUCAACCUAAUUCUCUGUUUUACAAUAACGAAAAAGCAACUCAGCAUGUCGUGUACAAGCCAAACAUUCAUCCUGUUAUUGAUAUAAUAGGAAAUAUCAAAAAAACAGGAGAAGCUCUUUGGAAUAACUUGUUUGAUUUUAGACGAAACAGUAAUCGUUUUAAACGAACCAUAUUUGACACUGUGUAUCCUCAAAUUUUAGUUAUAGUGGAUUACGAAACUUAUAAAGCUCAUGGAAAAAAUAUCAAAGCACUUACUAAGUAUAUGGCUGCUUUUUGGAACGGCGUUGAUUUAAGAUAUAGAGGAAUGAGCGAUCCAAAAGUAAGAUUGAACAUUGCAGGUCUAAUAAUUCCCAAGGAAGAGGGUGCUGCGCCAUACAUGGAAAAAUAUAGAAGAGGGAAUAAAUUAAUUGAAGAUAGGAAAACUUUAGAAGCAUUAGGUAGAUAUUUGUACAAAGAAAAUAGAUUCUCUUCAGACAUGUUUGACAUAGCAGUUGCAAUCACUAAUUUAAAUAUGUGUAUGAUCAAGUCAGAUGGAUGUGACCCAUCAGCUAGAGGACUUGGUUACUAUGGUGGUGCAUGCAAGCAUAAUGUUCAUAAUGCAGAUUUAUCCACUGCAUUCUUAGAAGAUUCAGGAGGCUUCAAUGGGAUUGCUACUGCAGCUCAUGAAAUUGGCCAUGUAUUAGGAGCUCCACAUGAUGGUGAAGACUCAUUAUCCUAUAUAGGAGGACCUGGAGCAAAGCAUUGUAAUUGGAAUGAUGGAUAUUUAAUGAGCAGUAUACGACGUAAUAGCAGAGGGCUUCAUUGGUCUUCCUGUAGUAUAGAAGCAAUGCGUCACUUUCUCAAAAAAGAAGCAUAUUGCUUGCGAAAUAAACCAGUUGUUCUAAAUCCUUAUAAAAAAAUCCUGCCUGGAAAAUUGAUAUCUAGAGAUGAACAAUGCUGGAGGACACUAAAUAUGGUUGAAUGUAGUAUAACUAAAAACGAAUGUGGAGCACUUUGGUGUGUAAAACCUGAUGGAUUAUCUAAUUGUGUUUCAAAAGGAGCCCCAGCAGAAGGAUCACCUUGUGGAAAUGGAAACAUAUGUCUGGAUGGAUAUUGCGUUAUGGAACCAAAAGAACUAAUAUCGACUAAUUAUUAAAUUAGAACAUGUAGAUUUCAUACAUAUUAUGCCAUUAAACAAAGAAUAAAACUAAAGAACUGAUAACACUUCUUUUGCAAGUUAACAAAGUAUAAAUAUAUUUUUGUAUGUAAUGUAAAAGCAUAUCUUUAAGGCGAUUAUUUAUUAUUAACCGAUAUGAUAUUGUAAACAACAAUGUAAGUGUGUAAUAAAUCCACUUACGUUAUUUUAUAGAAGCUUUAUAUAUGCAAUACAUGCGUGCUCUGUCUUUUAUCGUCCCUCAUACAUUGACAUUGUCAACAAAAACAAUCUGAAUCGAAAUACAAAUACUCACUUUAAUGGGUUCUAAACGGACGAUCAGUAUUCUUUCCAUAAAAUCCGUCAAUAAUGGCGCAUUAUCUUGACUCAGAGUUGCGUAAUAUCACAAAAAUCAACUUUGUAAAAAAUUAUACUUUAAUACAUGUCAAAAACGAACUUUUUGAACAAUCAAAACAACGCCAAA